UGUGCAUAUGACAGUCGCUUAGGAAACAUGGUUGUGUAACGGCCGGUAAUAGCGUUUACCUAAGCUUCAUCUUUUAGCAGAGCACUGCAGGACCAGACGUUCAAGUUCAAAAUGUUACUCUCUUCAAUACGGACAACGAUGCUUUGCGGCUGCAGAAGCGCCAGCAAGGGAUUUCAACACAGCGGUCGGAGUCCACAGCUACGACAGUGGCUUGUGAAGAGAGGUCAGAGCACCAUCACGGCAGAGGCAGAGGCCUCGUCCGCCACAGCAGCAGCUGCUGUCCCCAAUGCAGCUACAAAUCGCAUAGUUGGUCGGUGGUUACUGGGCUGCAGCGGGCUGGUGGUCGGGGCUGUCGUCUUGGGUGGUGUCACAAGGCUAACAGAAUCAGGGCUUUCCAUGGUUGACUGGCACCUGGUGAGAGAAAUGAAGCCACCUCAGUCACAAGCAGAGUGGGAAGCUGAGUUUUCCAAGUACCAGCAGUUUCCUGAAUUCAAAAUAAUGAACCAUGACAUGACUCUGCCAGAGUUUAAAUUUAUCUUCUACAUGGAGUGGGGUCAUCGUAUGUGGGGCAGACUGGUUGGACUUGCAUACAUCCUCCCCACUGUUUAUUUCUGGAAGAAGGGAUACUUCUCUCGCUCCAUGAAGGGAAAAGUGCUGGGGCUUUGCGGAUUUGUCUUCUUCCAGGGCCUUCUGGGAUGGUAUAUGGUAAAGAGCGGUCUGGAGGAAAAGCCAGAGUCUCAUGACAUCCCACGGGUGAGCCAGUAUCGCCUCAGUGCUCACCUUGGUUCUGCCUUGCUACUCUACUGCGCCAGUCUCUGGACGGGGCUUACGCUGCUGCUGCCUGCACACAAGAUGGCAGAUACCAGGCGUCUCAUGCAGCUCAGGAGGUUCGCCAAGGGUACUGGUGGACUCGUCUUCCUUACUGCUCUGUCAGGUGCUUUUGUUGCUGGUUUGGAUGCUGGUCUGGUGUAUAACUCCUUCCCCAAGAUGGGAGAUCGCUGGGUCCCUGAUGAUCUGCUGGCCUUCUCUCCCACCCUCAAGAACUUCUUUGAAAAUCCCACCACUGUGCAGUUCGACCACAGAAUCUUGGCGAUAUCUUCUUUGACUGCGAUUACAGGCCUCUAUCUUUUCUCCAGAAGGAUGGCGCUGCCCAGGAGGGCUAAGAUUGCCAUCAGCCUCCUUGCAGCAAUGGCUUAUGGGCAGGUUGCCCUCGGUAUCAGCACCCUGUUACUCUAUGUCCCCACCCCACUGGCAGCAACUCACCAGUCUGGCUCUGUGGCUCUACUCUCACUGGCCAUUUGGGUUCUGGCAGAGCUCCGCAAGAUGCCCAAGUAAUUGCCUGCUCCUUUACUGACAAAUCCUGUCCCUACUAGCCACAUCUCAAGCCUCUAAAGGUCAGCAAUGUCAUUGUGAACAAGGCAUUUAGAAACAAAUGGAAAAGAUGGAAGCUUUUAACAACUGAGAAAUGUUAUUCAUUUUGAUUUCCACUUGAUUUUGUGCCUAUGCUAAAGCAUCUGUCCUGUGGUGCUGCAAAGUAAUUCUCAUGUGGUGACACUGAAUUAUUUCAUCACACUAUUAUUAAAGCAAGGGUGUAAUUUGAGUGUUGAUGAAAAUUAUAAGACUGCAUCACAGCUGUUGAUGAGGAAUUGACUGAAGCCUUUGUGGAUGCAUGUUGUCAUCAAACGAUGUCAGCUUAGUGUGAAGUGUUUUGUUUUGCAAGGAAUUACACAAAGACAUGCGGAAGCAAAAACAAGCAAAUUUUCAGUUUCUGUCCAGCUUUAAUGACACAGCAAGUGGAUUUCCAGUUAAAGGUACAUAUUUUGUUUGCAGCCAGCCAGAAUACUGCAGGAACAUGUUAAGUCGACUGGGUUACGGUAUUUGUUCACUUACACAGUUUUAACAGGAUGUUACAUUACUCACCUGUUGCCUUGUGUCUGUUCAUACACUGCCUGUUAGUUGAAUUAGAUGUGGCUGUUAGGAUUAUGUAAAAUUAUGUAUAUUUAAAUUAUGAACCUUUUCUUGCUGACAUUGUGAUGAUGGAUUAUAAGGUAAAAAAUAUGUGGAAUCUUGAUUGUUGCUUUGUACUGUAUCUCUAGACACGGAAAGCUGAAAGCACUGUCUUAUUUUAAUAAAGACAAUUAUGUACAGUCUUUAAAAUUCAAACUCCAGUCCA